AUGACAUUCAAACAUUCUCGUCGCCGCCAAGAUAUACAGGCCGCUGUCGGCAACGAUGAGUCUGAGCCUCUUCUUGGUAGCGAAGGACAUUAUGAUCACCAAGGUGACUUCGUGACUGAAGAUGAGAGACAACAUCUUGCUCGCGGUUUGCAUCAGCGGCAUAUCGGCUUGAUUGCCCUCGCAGGGGCCAUUGGCACCGGACUCUUUCUGGGACUUGGAGGUGCAAUCCAAACUGGCGGACCGCUUGGUGCUUUACUGGGUUAUGCAACGGUGGGAUUAAUUGUCUGCGCGGUUCAGUUCGCCCUCGGUGAAGUCACAGCGCUGUUGCCAGUUACAGGGUCAUUUGUCAGGCACGCAGAAUUCUUGAUUGACCCUGCUUUGGGCUUUGCAAUAGGCUAUAACAUCGUAUAUGGUAACUGGUUGUCUAUACCGGCCGAGAUAUGCGCUAUUUGUGUGCUGUUCCAAUACUGGACGGACAUCAACCCCUCUGUCUGGAUCAUCACCACCAUUCUAUUGACGGCUCUGAUUGGCAUGUCACUGAUACAUGUGUAUGGCGAAGUUGAGUUUUGGUUUGCCAUUCUCAAAAUACUCCUGAUCAUCUUUCUCAUUGUGAUUGGCGUCGUCAUCGAUCUUGGAGUGUUACCAGGACAAGAACGCAUCGGCUUCAAACAUUGGAAAGAUCCUGGACCGUUUGUUGAGUACAUAGCAAGCGGAAAAUGGGGGAAAUUUCUUGGAUACUGGCGGGUGAUGGGCAAUGCGGUAUUCUCAUUCGCUGGCGUCGAGUCGAUCGCAAUGGCAGCAGCAGAAACUCGAAACCCAAGACAAGCGAUUCCUGGAGCAUGUAAACGCGUUUUCCUUCGCGUUUCCUUGUUUUACAUAUUCGCCGUUUUGAUCGUUGGUAUGCUCGUUGCGAGUGAUGAUCCGCGUCUCAAUGACGCAUCUGGCACGGCUACGCAGAGCCCCUUUGUGAUAGCUGCAAGUGGAGCUGGUUUCAAGGCCAUACCGUCUAUCGUCAACGCCGUUUUAAUCACAUCCGCAUGGUCAUCGUCUAAUCAAGCACUUCUCUCAGGUACGAGGGUUUUAUACGGCCUAGCCUUAAAGAGACAGGCUCCAAGUAUUUUUCUCCAAACCACGAGCUGGGGAAUUCCCUAUGUAUGUGUGAUGCUACAAACUGCUUUCAUGUUUCUAGCUUUCAUGAGUCUCAGUAACGGCGCUCUAACGGUAUUCUACUGGUUCUUGGAUCUCGCCGCUUGUGGCGUGCUCAUCAGUUGGAUCACCAUAUUGCUAAAUCACCAAAGACUUAUUCUUGCGAUGAAAAACCAAGAUAUCCCGCUGGCUCAAUUACCUUGGCAUAACUCAUGGAGUGUAUAUUCAACGCCAAUAGCACUCGCUUUCUGUGUGGUAAUACUGCUGACAAACGGAUAUCCCGUAUUCACCAAAGGAAAUUGGUCAACAAGCUUCUUUGUGUCAGCCUAUCUUGACAUACCAUUAGUAAUCACAGCUUAUUUCUUAUGGAAGAUUGCCAAAGGGACGAAAAUGGUUCCCUUAAAGGAAAUCGCUUUACGGGAGGCACUGGAAGAAGUUCAGCUGCAUCCGGAAGAAGCUGAACCACAAAUCACUGGCUGGAGGCGCCUGAUGACAUUUUUAUGGGAUUAAAUACUACUUAG